AUGUCUAACAUGUUAGCCUCCCGCAAGGUCCCGCUCGUGCUAGCGGCGGGCAUCGGCAGCGGGCUGCUGUACAUGACGUACGGGGCGAACCAGCAGCCGCGGCCACGACAGCAGCAGGGCGAGGGCGGCGGCGUCGGCGUGUCCGAGACGCUGCAGGCGGCGGCCGGGCAGGGCGGGGCGCGGGCGCGGCAGUACGACCCCAAGGACACGCGCCUGCACAGCGCCGACCCGGCCGCGCAGAGCAAGCGCAACCCCGACAAGACGCGCGGUGACGACCUC